AUCAGAGACUGUAAAAAAUGCGAGUAGUCAGGGGGUUUACCGUGCUGAAAACGUGUGAGACUCGCUGUGUUGGAUGCAACCCCAUUUUAAUUUCAUAAAACCGAGUUGGUCUUUAAAAUAGCAACGGCCAGUCAAAAUGUUUAGGGUCAAGAAUUCGCUUUUUUCUGUUCUGAAAACUUUUCCUAACAUCAGUGUUAGAAAAUUUGGCACUGGACGCAUGGACAAAGUGAAUCUCAAGGGUCGUAGUUUGCUGACACUAAGAGAUUUCAGCUCUGAUGAAAUAAAACGGUUGCUUUGGAUAUCACGAGAUCUGAAACAGAGAAUUAAGCAUGAAGGACAGUACCUUCCUCUUCUUCAAGGAAAGUCGAUUGCAAUGAUAUUUGAGAAGAGGAGCACCAGAACUCGCAUGUCCACAGAAACAGGCUUUGCACUGCUAGGAGGGCAUCCAUGCUUCCUGACCAGUCAGGAUAUUCACCUGGGCACCAAUGAGAGCACCACUGACACUGCCAGGGUCCUGUCUGGGCUUACCGAUCUCGUCCUGGCUCGGGUGUACAGCCACUCUACUCUGGAGGAGCUUGAGAAAGAGGCAUCGGUCCCUAUCAUCAAUGGGCUGUCCGAGCUCUAUCACCCCAUUCAGAUCCUCGCCGACUUCCUGACUCUGCAGGAACACUACGGGUCUUUGAGCGGGCUGACCCUGUCGUGGAUCGGAGACGGCAACAACGUGCUCCACUCCUUCAUGAUGACCGCUGCCAAGCUGGGCGUUCACCUGAGGGUGGCCACUCCGAAGGGUUAUGAGCCGGACGAUGGUAUUGUUCAAGAGGCCAAAACAUUUUCACAACAGUUUGGGACCGAGCUGCUCCUGACCCCCGACCCCAUGGAGGCGGCCCGUGGCAGCAACGUCCUGGUGACCGAUACCUGGAUCAGCAUGGGCCAGGAGGAAGAGAAGGUCCAGCGGCUGAAGGAUUUCCAUGGUUACAAGAUCACCAUGCAGACAGGCACUGUGGCGUCGCCAGACUGGACCUUCCUCCACUGUCUCCCUCGUAAGCAGGAGGAAGUGGACGACCAGGUCUUCUACUCGCCACGCUCGCUGGUCUUUCCCGAGGCGGAGAACAGGAAGUGGACCAUCAUGGGACUGAUGGUUGCUUUGCUGACAGACUACAAACCAAAGAUGCCAAUGCUGAAGUUCUGAAGUGCUAAAAUAACAUGCAUUCCAUAAGGAUCCACAAUUCUAAGUGUUUAUAUAAAAAUAAAAUGAGGAAAUGACUAGACAACCAUUUUGUUUAAUGCUUUUUUCUAUCAGAGUGUAUCCUUUGGGUAUAAGUGUGGGACGAAAAGUAUUGUUUUUAUUUACCCAUGUUGUUGAGUGCAGGGACAUUGAAGGAUGAAGAAGUGCAAUUUAAUUUGUAUAAUUUCCAUAAUUGCUGUUAUUAUACUGUCUGUGCUUAAUGAAAUUAAAUUGUGUCCUGUAGAGGGUGUCACUGAG